AUGAAUGAAAAAAAUAAUUUUGAAAAUGUUCAACGACUUAACAGUACUAUUAUGGCAAAAUCUAGAUGGACAUCAUCAUUGAUUGGUAUGAGAAAAAGUGGAGAAGAAUUACAUGAUCGUCGAACUAAAUCUAAUCGAAAAGCAAAUCAAUUUCUUCAAGAACUUCUUCAACAAAAAAGUGAUGGUAGUCAAAUCGAUGAUAAUGGUGUUACGGAUCGAUAUCAUAAAUUUCUUCGAAAUAAAUCAAAUUUAAAUAAUGAUAAUUAUGUAUUAGAUGAAUUUGAAAUACGAUUACGUGCGUUAAAUAAUCAACGUCGAAUUCAAACAUCAAGAAAUUUUCAUUCGAGUAGUGAUGUUUCGUUUACUAUCGAUUCUGAAAUGGAGAAUGAAAGUGAAUAUGAUAAUAAUGAUUUAAUUCAAAAUCGAAAUACUUUAAAUCAAUAUGGUUUAUCAUCGAAAUCAACAAGUAAAUCAACAUUAGAUAAUAUAAAUAGUAACGUAUUUUCUAAUUUAUCAUCUCCUAAUAAAAAUCAAAUAAAUACUGAUGAGAAUGAGUUGUCAUCAGACGAAGCAUCUUCAAUGUCUACAUUGAAUAAUUCAAUGACACAAACUUCUCUUAAACCGAUAUCUCGACAAAUUAAUGAAAAUGAAGAUAAUGAAAAAGUUUUAACGAAAGUAUUACAUAAAACAGAAGUUAAACAAGCUGAUAUGAAUAAAGAAUCGUCAAAAAGUUCUUUAAAUCGUUCAGGAACAAAAUUUAUACCAAAACCAAAAAUUCAACGAGCACAUAGUAAUGAAGAUAUUGAAAAAUCUUCAAGAAAAAUCUUACAUAAACCAAAUACUCAACAAAAUGAUGAUAAUCAACAAAUAGAGGAACCACCACCAACUUCAACAACAACGAAAUCGGUACCGAAACCAAAUAUUCGACAAAAUGAUGAUAAUCAACAAAUGGAAGAACCAUUACCAACUUCUACAAUAACAAAAUCGAUACCGAAACCAAAAACUUACCAAUCUAACGAUAAUGAAGAUGUUGAAAAACCAUCAAAAUUUCCAUUAAAUCGUUCUAUACCAAAACCUUUAUAUAAAUCGAAAGUUCAAUCAACUGAUAGUAGUAAUCAUGUUAAAGAAUCUUCUGUAUCUUCAUCAAAUCAUUCGACAAUACAAACUAUGCAUAAACCAAUAGCUCGACGAGCUGAUGGGACUGAGGUAGUUGCUGUUUCUACAGAAAAUUCAUCAGAAAAUGUUUCGUCAAAUAAUUUACUCUUUAAUCAAUGCUAUUUUCCACGUUCUUUAUUUUCUCAAGAAUCUCGUAAUACAAAUGAUAUAUCUAAAAUAGACUUACCAUUAUUACAAGUUGAAAAAUAUGAUAGUUCUCAAUUAUAUCAUUUACUUAGUGAAAUAGAAAACGAAUGCUCACCGAUGAAUUUCACAAAAAUGCUUGAUCAAUUAAAACUAUCAUCCGUUCAAAUACGUCAAACAGAUGAUAAUAAUACAUCAGUAACUACUGAUGAAGAAGAAGGUGAUGAUGACAAUAAAGAAAAUAUUGAUAUUACUACAAAUUUAUUUGAUCAAUCAUCAUCCUCACAAGAAUAUUAUACAACAUUUACUAUAAAUAUUGACGAUCCAAGAAAAAUUUCUCUUUAUACAAUGACAAUAGGUACAGUGCAAUUAUGUUCAGAAGGUGUAGUUCCAUAUUCCGUUCUUAGUGGCCAUCGACCAUUAUUACAACGUUCAAAAGAAACAAAAUUUAAACAAGUUCGUUCCAAACGACGAAAACAAACACAUCAUGUAGCAGCCAUUGAAUCAUUCGCAAAUAUAGAGAAUCUUCAAAAAAAUGAUAUUAUUUUAAACAUUAACGAUCAAUCUGUAUGGAAUUUACCUACUAAAAUAGUUCGAAAUUAUCUACUAAGUGCCAGCAAACAAUCAAAUAAUUGUUCAUUAACAAUAGCUCGACUUUGUAAACCAUUGAUUUAA